AUGGAUCGAGGAGGAGAGGAGGAGGGAGGAGAGGAGGAGGGAGGAGAGAGGAGAGAGGAGGAGAGGAGGAGGAGAGGAGAGGAGGAGAGAGGAGAGGAGGAGGAGGAGGGCGGAGGAGGAGAGGAGAGGAGGAGAGGGAAGGAGGAGAGGAGGAGAGAGGAGGAGGAGAGAGAGGAGGAGAGAGAGGAGAGGAGGAGGGACGAGGAGGAGGAGGAGGAGGAGGAGGAGAGGAGGAGUAGGAGCGAGAGGCGGAGCGAGAGGAGAGAGGAGAGAGAGCGAGAGCGAGAAGAGGAGGAGAGAGGCACAGCACACGCAUUGAAGGGUGACAAAUACAAGCAGGGGCCCUUUACGCUUUCCCAGGUUUGUGAUUGCAAGCUGGCCCAAGACUUUUCCGGAAAUCUUUGUUCUUGGUUCUUGGUUCCUGCCGUGCUUUUCAACACUGGGUGGAACGUGGUCCUCUCCCUGCCAUCUGCCUCGGACAGCGGCUGCAUCGUCUACAAGUACCCAGCCGAAGCAGAGGAGGAGGACGCGUGCUCCGUGGAGAUAGCUGGUCUCACCUUGAAGAUCCGGCUCUUCACGGUUCUCACCAACCUCCUGCCCCGCACGCUCCUGCAGUGUGUGUUCUUCGUGGUGGGGAUCGAGUACCUCCUGUCGGUGACGAAGAUCGAGGACCUGAUCUUGAAUAGCCUGGCGCUGAUGGUAUUGGUGACCAUCGACGAGAUGCUCUUCGUGGCCUUCACGGGUGAGCAGAACGCCAUCUGGAUUCAGAACUGCGAGCCUCUCGAGGGGACCUCCUUCAAGUGGCUGGACUGGCUGCUGUCUGCGACGCACAUGCCCGUCGGCCUGCUCAUCUUCGUUCCCAUCACCGCCACGCUGGCGGGGUACAUCCUGAACCACGUGACGAUGAUGGCCCUGCAGGCUCAGGCAACGUCCUGCCUCUGUGACCUCAAGGGCGACUCCUGCUUCGCGCCCCGAUUCCUGGCUGGGCGCCUGGCGGCCGCGGCCUCCCUGUGA